AUAAAUAUAGAAGAAACCGUCACAUCUUACGUAGUUGAAUUGUUAGCACAAUCAUGGCCAGGCAAAUACAAUUGACCUUCCUCCUCGCGAUCAUAGCGUGUCUGGUGCAUGGUGCGCCUUUUGAAAUCGAAACGAACGGUUCUGAGCAAGAUCUAGAAAUAAGGGCGGACAUUGAUAAGACAGUUGACGCUCUAUUACCUUCCAUACGUAAGUUUAUAUUGGACAAUGGAAUGGACCCUAUGCAAAUCGCCGAUGUUUCCGAACAUAUUUUCCCACUUUUGCCUGGGAUACUCAAGGGAACCGUCGACCUCAAGAACGGGUGGAUUCAAAACCUGGCGCUCGUAAAACGCACCGGUCACGUGACCGCAAUAUACAAGAGCAAACGUUUGACGUUGGAUAUGAAUUUGGGAUUUGACGUUAUGGACUGUAACUACGAAUAUUCUCUCAAGUAUUUACUGUUCAAGAGACAAGGCGACGUAAACGCUCGUUUCCACCAGCUUGACGUCAACGUUGUAACGACGGUCGAUCUGAACGAGUACAUUUUGAUUCUCGACUCCAUCAAGUUUUCGGAUGUUCGGAAAUACGACAUAAAAUUCGAGGGUCAUGUUUUGGAUCGCCUUCUGAACGCCGUGGCCAAAAUAAUUACAGUGGUUUUCAAAAAUCUCGUGUUACCGUUUAUUGAGAGGCAAGCCGAAAAGAUCUUUAGCGCAAAACUUGACGAGUGGAACUCAAUGAUUCCACAGCCAAAUCGCACGGAAAUUAUAAAUAGAUGGCUCGACAUUGUUAAAACGUAACUGCAUUAAUUCUUGUCGUUGAAUUUCUAUCGAAUAUUCUUUACUUUGUACCCUAAAAAAACUCAAUUAUGCUUAAGUCACAUCAACUUUUAAACUAAAUAUUACAUCACCGACCGAGUCGCAAGCAUUUCAUUGGCCAAAAUAAUUAAAUUGCUUCGUAAAAUUCGAUUUGAA